AUGGCAGCAACUCAUGGCGGACCACCGCGAAAGAAAAUGUCUACGUACGGAAAGGCAGGCCGUCGAAAAGUACCAGAUCACAGCUUCAUACCAAUGGCAACGAAGUCUCAAACCACCGAAGCUCAAUCUGGCGCUCUAUAUCUCUCAAAACUCCCAGACAGCUUUCCAGGAAAGACAAAUGCCUCCCCUCACAGAUCGAGACCGACGACGCCGCUCUCUGCGUCUUGCCCAAUAGUCAAACCAGACAUUUUCGACGUUCCAUCUAGUGACGAGGAGACCGACAAUAUCAAAACGAUUCCGUUAGCGCGAGGAAAGCCGAGGGCUACGGCGAGCAAGAUAUCAAAAAGACCUAGUCCGAAGCAAGCACAAACCGAGAGAUCGGAAAGCGUUGAGGACAUGAAGAGCAGGAAAAGGGCGAAACUUUCACCAGCGCCGAAUGCGUCCGAGAAUGUUGCGCCAGCCAAGAUCCCAUCUCUUGCACCCACCAAAUCUGCGCCAGCUAAGACCUCAUAUCUUGCACCCACGAAAAGCGUGCCAUCGACAUCUGCCCCAACAAAACCCUCCCCCCCAACACAUGGAUCUCAAAAGUCCUUGGCCGCAACGAACGCAAAGCAGAGGCCGCAAGGUGUUGGCCAUGUAAGUACAAUAGCUGCGAGGCCGAAGCCGAAGGCUCAAGAAGACAUUCCAAACAUAUCACACACUCUGAAGGCCGCGAGCAUGAACUCAUCAGGGACUGUGCCAGACCGGGAUUCCCCCCCCGAGAUCAUCGAUUUAGAGAUGAUGGAUGUGGAUGUUGAUGAGACACCCAAACCGAAAAAAACGUCACCCGGCGGAAUGAAGAUGUGGAAGGGACUACUUGAAGUCACUGGGGACGAAGAGAACCUCGAGGGGGUGGGCUCAGAAUCAUCACCACAGAAUAAAAUGGGCUCUCAAGCCUCUCGCCCCAACGUAUCAACGAACUCUAAAAUUAAUCGGAUCGUACAGUCGAGAGCACCACCUCGGCGCCGGCUAAUUGAUUCUUUAGUAGAGCAAAAGAUCGAGUCUGAGAGUGAGGAAGAGGAUCCUUCGGAGGAGGAGCCCUCUGAAACAGCAAACGAUGACGAUUUGCUUAACGUCACUCUUGACACCCUUGGAAGUCAAAAUUCAAAUCUCGAAGAGCCAAUGGCACCGAGUGUAGUAUCUGGUAGUCAAAACUCACAGUCUCAAGCCACUGGAGCUAGAGUGACAUAUAGUAGGCAAAGGUCCAUGCUUGCCGAGGAGGACCUCAUGCAGGAACUUGCGCUAGACAUGCCAGUUGUAGCAUCAGGUUCGCAAGGUCGUAAACAUCGCAGAGGCUCGAUUCCGAAAAUGCCACAGUUGCCAAGUUUUCAUGAAGAUGCCGAUGAGGGUGAAGGCUCAGGUGCAGCAAUACGAAACGUGCAUGAACUACGUCAAGCUGGUGCCAACAGUCGAUUCAUGGACGAAGUCGACGACUUACUGGAUCGUAUCGGUAGCCCCGGUGGAACACAAGCGUCGCUCAGAAGAUCUGGUUUAUUAGACAUGGCAAAUCAACUGAAGGACAAAAGCUUUGCCCGUCAAUUUCGCUCCAACCACGUCGAGCAACGUCUAUUCGUUCACUUGGGUCAAGAAACCGACAUACUUGCGGGAUAUGUUCUUGUAUCUAUACUCAUGACUGUGAUGGCUGAUGGAAGUGUGCCUCCUUUUGUCGUCCAACUACGUCGACAGGGAAUCACUAGACUUUUGAUUCGCCUUCUUGAUAUCCAAAUAGGAAUCAUCGCGCUAGCCAAAGACCGAAAGAGUAACACAACUAAAAUUGCGCAGAAAAUGAUCGCCGACCACCAUAACCAUCUUCUAAAACUUCCCAUUUGGGAGGACCUUCAACCGGAGCUUUUAUCGCCUCGCACAGUAGCAUUGAAGUGUCUCGAGGUCAUGGUUCGACAAACGCGAGAAGCCGGGAAUGCCAACGAUAUCUUCUCCAAGGAGUUGACAACAAAUCUCUUUACCAUUGUAAAGACUUCGUCGGAAGACAGCGCUUGGCAGUUGCCUAACGGUAGAGAGGCUAUCGAUUUUCAUCUUGCCUUGUCGGCUUUGGAGUCUCACUCUAUCAGAGCUCGAACUGUUCAGGACGAGACCAUCUGGCUCACCAACUAUCUCCCGAUCAUAUCCGACACACUGCUAUUCGCGCUGUCACGACCCCUGGACAGUUUUGGAGUACUCCAAAUCUUGGCACUUCGCCUGACUCUGAAUGUGACGAACAAUAACCCCAGGGCCACGGAUUUGUUUGCCCGCCAAGACUUAAUGGCCGCCAUGGGCAAUGUUAUUACUGCAAAACUGGAGCAGAUCUCGCGAUUUAUGAUCGAAGAAGAACUUUCAAUUGCUGUGGACCAUCUUGUUCUUGUUCUGGGAGCUAUGAUCAAUUUCGCUGAAUGGAGCCCAGCGGCUAGACAGCGCCUGCAAAGCUUAGGCGGGCUCAAUCAAGACCAUCUUGAUGCUAUGAUUAAAACUUUCACAGAAAAUCAUGAAAGGAUGUCCGAGGCCUCUUCUGUAGAGGAGAGUCAAAAAAACGUGGCGUUCGGAUACCUCUCGGUCUUGCUAGGCUACCUGUCAUUGAUGCCAGAGAUCGCACUGAGGGUCAAGGAAAAACAGCCAAGCAAGACCAUCACUCCUCUUGUUGCUUCAAUCGUUGAGUUCAUUAGUCACCACAAGACGGUCGACCUGAUUAUAGCUGAUGAAGAUGGUCAUAAUCCUAACUCUGGAUUUACCGAGCGGUUGGAGAGCUUGGUUGAAACAUUACGGCAAUGA